AUGCAAUCGGACGCACUCCAAGCCGCCGCAUCGAGACUCAAAGCCACCGACACGAUCGUCACCCACCGUGACGGCAGCCGCACGCUGGAGCGGCAGGGAAACCAGGUUGGCACGUUGCCACCUCCCGAUGUGCUGCCGCCCGCCCUUCAGGAGCGCAAGCGGAUGUGCAUCGCACCGCCGGAGCCUCCCUCGUGGACGCUGCCUCCGUUUGCCACGUUCCAGCUGCCGCCGCCAGCGGGCGCCAGCCUGCGAGUCGUAACGUGGAACGUGUGGUUUGGCCCCGUCGAGGCGCAGGCUCGCAUGGCGGCGCUCUUCUCCGAGGCUCUCGGCACCACGCCCGACGUGAUCUGUUUGCAAGAGGUGGUGCCCGAUCUUGCGGCGUCGAUCCGCGGCUGCAGCGCCCUGCGCCGCGCGUAUGCCAUCUCCGCAAACGACGUCGGCUCCUACGGCUGCCUCAUACUCGCCCGCCACGAGCUGUCGCCGAGAUUCACGGAGGUGCCCUACCAAUGCUCACGAAUGGGGCGGUCGCUGCUCGUCGCCGAGCUCUCGCCGCCGGCGGAUCCCGCGCCGCCCGCCGCCUGCCGCGUUGCGGUGGCCACGACCCACCUCGAGAGCCUCAACAACGCGCGGCUUCGCGCCAAGCAGCUUCGCAUCGCGCGCGACACGCUCGCGAGCUACGACUCGGCUGCGCUUGUCGGCGACUUCAACUUCGACUCGAGUCAGAACUUUGGCGACUGGCUGCCGCGCGGAGACCGGCGCACGAUGCCGCCGCGGCCGGAGCGAGAGUCGUCCGACUCCGACAGCGAGCCUCGCCCGCCGUGGGCACCCCCUUCCGCGCUCCGCCGCGCCGAGCUCGAAAACGGCGUGCUCGAUCUCGUGAUGGGAGAUUACAUCGACGCGUGGCCCGCGCUGCGCCCGCACGAGGCGGGGCACACCUUCGACGGCGGCAGCAAUCCGCACGUGGCGGAUGUGGAGGAGCGGAUGCGGUACGACCGCGUGAUGGUGCGCGGCAUCGCGCCCGCCGCCAUCACCAUGCUGGGCGAGAGGCCCCAAGAGGCGCUCGUGCCCUCGGAUCAUUACAGUGCGUGCUCUUGCCUUAGAAAUCGGUGUUUAGAAAUUGGCUGCUGGAAAUUUGGCUGA